UCAGCAUAAAAUAAAAAUGUGCUACGAUUAAGUAACGUUUGUCUUGUUUUGUCGCUUUAGCUACGUGAAGGAACAUUCCUGGCAAAAGCUGUUGCUUAGCGUUAGUUGUGAUGUAGUUAUCUAUACUGAAGUGUAGUUAGCAUGUCUGCGCAAGCGCCGGGCGUGAAGCAGGAGCCUGGUGACCUUGACCAGGGCGCGGCGUGCGUGAGGGAUUUGCCAACAUCGCUGGUCCCGGACGAAGUGCACAUUAAAGACGAUACAGAGCUCAAAACCAAAGAAGCAGAAGUAGAUGAAAAGCUGACAUGUGAAGAAAGUCAAAAGCCAUGCGUAAGCGAGGCAGACAUAGUGUCCAACCUGUUCACGGACCAUGGCGUGCAGGACAAGCCCAUACUGGAACCAAAACAUGUGCAGGCACGGGAAACGGCUUACAAACUUAAUGGAGCAGCCGUAAAGGAAGAACGGCAGGAGCUGAAAAACUGCACUGUAAGGCUGGAGCGCAUUGAUAAACUUGUCCACAUGUGUCCCGUCACAAUGGACCAUAACACGAUUUCCCCAACAUGUGUUAAGAAGGAAACUGGCAUGAAGACUGAAACACUGGACAGCUGCUACCAACCACGCUGCAGCGGGGAAGCGAGAACGCCUGCUAAGAGACUGCUACGUGAGGCUCGAACGCCUCCAACACCACGAGGCGCUGCUUAG